UUUUAUCCCCGAUUAUUACUACUGUUUACUCAAAAUCCCAUAUAUCUCUUCAUUCAUUUCUUCGCGCUCUCUCCCCCAGCUCACUCCUCCUCUUUCUACAUCCUUUUUUGCUUCCCCUGUUCUGUCUGUAAAUUUUUCAUUCUCUGUGUACCUUUUAUCUUCUUCAUUUUUUUUUGGUCUUUCUCUUUUUGAGAAACCCUCGACUCAUCGCUGUGCUUCAAGGCUGCACCUUCUGCGAUUGAAUCGAGGGGUUUUUUUUUUUUUUUCCCUUUUUCUUUCAAGCUUUUAAUUUAGACGUUUAUAGAAGAAUUCCUCAGUUCCUGAUUCAAGAGAGAGAGUGAGUUGUUUAUAGUAUCAUUAAAUCCAUUAUAGAAUGGUUUUGGUAUCGGCUUUAUUGGAGAUAUUUCAAGGGCCCUCCUUCUCCAUCUUGGAUGUCAUAACGCAGCUGAUGAUGUUUGCGGCUCCUCUUUGGAUUGCGGUUUUGGUUGGGGUUUUAGUGGGCUGGACAUGGAAGCCCAGGUGGGCUAAUUUCAACGGCGACUUUUCUCUUUCUGCGAGUGUUUCCUCCAGCUCCUCUACUUCCUUUUCUUCUAUACGUGGGAUGGUCGUGCAACACUUGUCAGGUUUCGUUCCGAGCUUCAAUUCGUUCAAAAUACUUCAACUGCACAGCUGCAUUCCUGGCGUCUCUGAUGAUGAUGGGUUUGACAAACACAAUCCCCCCGCUUUGCCUUCUUCUUCAAGCUCACCUCCUAGUUCAUCAAAUGUAGAAAAGUCCAGUCUUGUGAAUGAGGAUGACCUUAAGCACAUUUGCCUGCUCACUAAGGAGAAAGACGGUGGCCCUUCUUGGGUUCAGAUGAUGAAUCGGUCUAAUGAUAAUAUGAGCUACGAAGCUUGGCGGAGGGAUCCUGAGACUGGACCACCGCAGUACCGCACUAGAACUGUGUAUGAGAAUGCUACUCCCGAACUGGUGAGGGAUUUUUUUUGGGACGAUGAGUUUAGGCUCAAAUGGGAUGACAUGCUCUCACACGCUGAAACUUUGGAAGAUUGUCCUACCACUGGAACCAUGGUGGUCCAGUGGGUUCGUAAGUUUCCUUUCUUUUGUAGUGACAGAGAGUACAUCAUGGGCCGGCGGAUUUGGAGAUCGGGAAAUACAUACUAUUGCGUGACAAAGGGUGUGCCAAACUCCACUAUUCCACGCCGUCAAAAACCAAGACAUGUUGAUUUAUACUAUUCCAGUUGGUGCAUCCGUGCAGUUGAAUCCAGGAGAGGUGACCAGCUGACUGCGUGCGAGGUGUUGCUUUUUCAUCAUGAGGACAUGGGUAUCCCUUGGGAGAUUGCAAAACUUGGCGUGCGACAAGGCAUGUGGGGUGCUGUCAAAAAAAUUGACCCCGCUUUACGUGCAUAUCAGAAGCAAAGAGCAUCUGGAGUGCCACUUUCGCGCUGUGCGUUCUUGGCUCAGAUCAAUUCAAAAGUUAGCGUGGACUACCUGAGGUGGUUGGAGAGCACGAGCAGUUUGUCUGAGGUUGAAACUCUGGCUUCACCAGAGAAGCCAUCUGGGAGGAACCUGCCCAAGUACUUAGUUGUUGGUGGGGCGAUUGCCCUUGCCUGCACUCUAGACCGUGGGCUUUUGACAAAAGCAGUCAUAUUUGGAGUUGCUAGAAGGUUUGUAAAGAUGGGUAAGCAGUUGUGAUGUCGAGCCGGUGCAUGUGGAAGAUUGUUUUCUAAGGGCGUUACUGCUGCUCCUCAACGGAGGGUAUCGGACUGCGAGGGUUGUGGGGAUUCUGGGGAAGGUGUUAAACAUUCCGUGUCUGUAACAGAGCCAGAAGAACAGGUCGGGAGAAGAGAGACAGAGAAUAGGUUGCAUGGUUAAUGUUCUUUGAAAUGUCAAUACAUGCAUGGUUGAAGUAUCUGCUGAUUGCACCGGAAGUUUCACCUUCCUCCAUUGAUCCUUUCGCUUAACCUCAGCCAUUUGUUUCUACUUUUAUGUACUACUAGACAGUGUAUUUUUUGUCUCCCAAGAACAUUGCAGAAAUAAUAAUAAUAAUAAAUCUAAUCGGCCCGCAAUUGUUUUAGGUUUUUUCUC